AUGCCUAGCGCUCUUCAGGUUACCGCCGUCGCGUGGCUCUUUGUCUCCCUAGGCCACACCGUCAGCCGUAAGGACUGGCAAAACACUGCCAAAUUCAACAGUCUGCCUCAGCUGGCUACCACCUGUGCCAAGGCUGGAUGGUUGCAAGGUAGCGGCUUCUUCAUCAUGAAUGCUCUUAUCAACUAUUGGUGGUCCAAGAACCCCGAGGCGCUUACGGACCCCAUCCAAAAAGCUAUCGCUGGCGUUAUGGUUGCCAUUAUGGGAGCCAGCUCGCUCUGGUACGCAAAGAACGGCGUGACCAGCAACGCUGUGGCCGUCACUGCCAUCGGUGCGCUUCAGAGCUAUGCUGCAUUUCUCUAA